CGGGAGGGUAUACGAAGGAGUCGGCGCUGGAGGCUGCUGAGAAGUACGGAUACCUCGUUGCAUUUGGGAGGUAUUUCAUCGCUAAUGUGAGUUUUGCGGAUGUGCGUGCCGCAUACUGCAGGAUAUUCCGUGGACGCGGUAUGAUCGAAAGACGUUCUAUAUCCCGAAAACGCCUCGGGGGUAUAUUGACUAUCCUUUCGCGAAACUGUGACAGUUUCCGGAUAUUCGACGUAUGAUGCGUCCCGAACGGCUCCUUGCUAUGAUGCUGGGCACCCGUCCUUUGGGUCCUAUGGUGGCUUUGUGCGCGUCAUCCGAAUGUGGACCAGGGUGUCAUGUCGCUGGAAUACCCCGCUAAUAGAUCACGAUGGAAACUUCUCAUCUACGCGUUGCUUCAAAUUUGGAGGAAGAGAUGGUUUCCGCAAGCGGUGUUUAUCAACAUUGUAGAUGUGCAGCUUGCAUGCGUUUUGUAUCUAGUUCUUUCUUCCCCUGCCGCCAGCUCCCUUACAGAAUCGCAGCUGGGGUUUAUGUAUGGCAGUCAUCGUACUUGACGAAGACAGCACGAUUUGUCCGCAUUCA